AAGUUUGUGAAGGAGUCCGGGCACAAGACGUUUGGCACAUAUUUACACUAGUUAUCAGUUAGUUAAAGUGAUUCGAUCCAUCUGCAAGAAUGAAAGUGCACGGCUUGGCUCUUCUAGUCCUAUCACUCUCAGUAUCCAGCACACAGGCCUUAUGGAGAGUAAAACUGAAGAAAAUGCCCUCCAUACGAGAAACCCUGAAGGAAAUGGGUGUCACACCAGCUCAAGUGUUUUCUGAGAUUAUGCCGAAAUAUGACGAACCUUCACCCACAAAUGGCACAGCUCCAACACCUCUGAUCAACUACUUAGAUACUCAAUACUUUGGUGAGAUUAGUAUUGGUUCUCCAGCUCAGAUGUUCAACGUUGUGUUUGACACGGGUUCUGCCAACCUCUGGGUUCCUUCACACAGCUGUUCUCCUUUAUACACAGCCUGCUUUACACACAACAGGUACGAUGCUUCCAGAUCCCUCACGCAUAUUUACAACGGCACGGGAUUCUCCAUCCAGUACGCUUCUGGAAACGUCCGGGGAUUUCUGAGCGAGGACGUGGUUGUAGUGGGUGGUAUCCCAGUGGUGCAGGUUUUUGCGGAGGCCACAGCUCUUCCUGCAAUCCCGUUCAUCUUUGCCAAGUUUGACGGAGUGCUAGGGAUGGGAUAUCCAGAUGUAGCCAUUGAUGGAAUUACACCUGUGUUCGAUCGCAUCAUGUCUCAACAUGUUCUAAAACAGAACGUCUUCUCAGUGUACUACAGCAGCGACCCAACACACAUCCCUGGUGGCGAGCUGGUGCUGGGGGGCACAGACCCAAACUACCACACUGGAUCCUUCCACUAUAUGAAAACCAAAGAGGAAGGCAAGUGGGAGGUCGUCAUGAAGGGAGUGUCCGUGGGUGCAGAUAUGUUGUUUUGCAUGGACGGCUGUACUGCUGUGAUUGAUACAGGCUCCUCCUACAUCACAGGCCCCGCCUCCUCUAUUUCCAUUCUGAUGAAAACAAUUGGUGCUGUUGAACUGGCAGAGGGAGGGUACACUGUCAACUGUAAUCUGGUCAAGUUGUUGCCCACUGUGGCUUUUCAUCUUGGUGGUCAGGAAUAUUCUCUCACGGAAGAGGACUAUAUUCUCUGGCAGUCAGAGUUCGGGGAGGACAUCUGCACUGUGACGUUCAAAGCAUUGGAUGUGCCGCCCCCUACUGGUCCCAUCUGGAUCCUGGGGGCGAACUUCAUAGCUCGAUACUAUACAGAGUUUGAUCGGGGAAAUAAUCGCAUCGGCUUUGCUCGGGCAGUCUGAGAAACACUGGGUUUUCUGCAAUCUAAAAUUCAGAUUACUAUUACAUUGCUACACACAACAUAUAGGAUAACUGAUCGAUCACAAUAAUAGCAGGUAACUUGAGUUACAGCUUCCUCUGUGAACGAAAAGUUUAGACAUAAUUUUAAAAAGUACUUAUUAUGGAAAUAAAACAAUUUAACAGAAUAUGCUUGAGUGUGAACUGAAUGUAACGCUUAAUUGCAUAUUAUUUACAAUUAAAUCAAGAUGUAUUAUAGUUUCAAUUUAUAUCAAAUGCAAUUACUUUUUGACCCACUUAAAUACAUUUUUAUAUGUAAUUUCAAAAUUUCAACUUUAUAUGUACUUUUGAAUGUACCGAUAAGCAUUUUUAGUAAACUAAAAUAUACUUUACUGCUAUUUCUAGUACACUGUAAAAAGUGAUAAGUUGACUUAACUUAAAAAAAUUGAGGAAACCCAUUGCCUUAAAAUUAUUAAGUAUAUAAUUAUUUUUUAAAAAAAGUUAAAUUCACUUAACUUAUUUUUUAAAUUAGUAUUUACUUAAAAAUUAAGGCAACAGGUUUCCUCAAUUUUUUUAAGUUAAGUCAACUUAUCACUUUUUACAGUGUAGUUGCACAUUUGUAAUGAUGAAGCAAGAUAAAAUGUUAUUAAAAGAUAAUUAUUACGUUAUGCAAAAUGCACUUUUUAAAAAAAAAAGUGUAUAAGUAUUUUAAGAAACAUAAGAAAUAUAAGAAUCAAAGGAUACUUCACCCACAACUGAAAAUUCUGUCAUCAUUUCCUCAUCACUUGCUCCAAAUGCUUAUGAGUUUCAUUCUUUUCUUUUUCUUUUGAAGAAUGUGUGUAACCAAACAGACGGUAGCCAUUGACAUCCAUUUUUUUUUUGUCCGUACUAUGGAAGUCAAUAGCUACCGUCAACUCUUUACAUACAUUCUUCAAAAUAUCUUCUUUUGUGUUCAACAGAAGAAAGAAACUUGUUGAAAGAGAGUAAAUGAUGACAGAAUUUGUAUUUUUGGGUGGCCCUUUAUUUCAUUAAUAUAUUUGCAAGGCCAUUUAUUUGAAAUAUACUUUUAAGAUUUGAAGCACACUACACAUUUACUACAAUUAAUCUCUUUUUCACAAGGGUUCACAUGAUGAUCAGAGGCCAUGGCAGUAACUAAAACGGAUUCUCUGAUUUCAAUAGAAUUAUGUUAGCAAAUUUAUUUUCCCACAAACCACAAGUCUAUCAAGACAGGAAGCUGUUCUUCGGUCAGAUGUGUUGUCCUCUAUCAGAAGAGUUUGGCAACACCAUAACAAAAGUUUUUAUAAAGACUAUUACGAACUAGCUCAGACAGACAGAGAGAGAAAAAAACAUUGUUUCAUUCCCUUGAGCUACUCAUUGCGGGUUUCAUUGACCAUGACAUUUGGUUUUAGUUUUAACCAAAUGUGUAUAUAGUUUUGAAAAAAGGAGUAACUCAUAAAGACACACCCUUUGGACUUCCGCACCAAAAAAGUUAUAAAACCAAUUAUAGUUAUAUCAUAUAUUUUUUAUUAUAGUUAUAUCAUAGUGAAAGUUACAUAAAACAAAUAAUCUGUAUUAAUGCUUGCUACAAACAAAACCCAUAUCCAAGAAAAUCCCCUUGCAUUCAAAUUUCCCACUAUUGUAACCACAAUGUGCAACUGACUGAUAUUGUUUUAAUUUGUAUUAUCAUUGAUAGAUGUGAUCUGUUUUUAUAGGAACUGAUUAGUGGCCUUACAAUGUGUGAAUACUGUGAAAACUGAAUAAACCAAAAACAACUUUA